GGAUACAGGACUUCCGUCUUAAACUCCAGAGAGUGGCCUUCCGCGGAGACCGGCGGGUGGGCGAACAUGAAGUCCAGUCCUGCUAUCCAGGCUGCCAUCGACCUCACCGCGGGGGCCCUGGGGGGCACAGCGUGCGUCCUGACUGGUCAGCCCUUCGACACUAUGAAGGUGAAGAUGCAGACAUUCCCCGGCCUGUACAGGGGCCUCACCGACUGUGCCCUGAAGACCUACUCCCAGGUGGGCUUGCGGGGCUUCUACAAGGGGACCGGCCCCGCGCUGAUGGCCUACGUCGCCGAGAACUCGGUCCUCUUCAUGUGCUACGGCUUCUGCCAACAGUUCGUUAGGAAAGUGGCUGGACUGGACAAGCAGGCGAAGCUGAAUGAUCUGCAGACUGCGGCCGCGGGUUCCAUCGCCUCAGCGUUUGCCGCGCUGGCCCUGUGCCCCACGGAGCUCGUGAAGUGCCGACUGCAGACCAUGCACGAACUGGAGGCGUCAGGGAGGAUAGCAAAAAGCCAUGAUACAGUUUGGUCCAUAGUGAAGAGUAUCCUUAGAAAGGAUGGCCCCUGGGGCUUCUACCACGGACUCACGAGUACUCUGUUUCAAGUAGUACCAGGCUAUUUCUUCUUCUUCGGUGGCUAUGAACUGAGUCGAUCGUUUUUCGCCUCGGGGGGGUCAAAAGAUGAACUAGGCCCUGUCCCCUUGAUGUUAAGUGGUGGAAUUGCUGGCAUUUGCCUUUGGUUUGUCAUAUACCCCGUGGAUUGUAUUAAAUCCAGAAUUCAGGUUCUUUCCAUGUUUGGAAAACAGACAGGAUUCAUCAGAACUCUUUUAAGUGUUGUGAGAACCGAAGGAAUAGCAGCUUUAUAUUCUGGUCUGAAAGCUACUCUGAUUCGAGCGUUUCCUGCCAAUGCAGCACUAUUUUUGGCUUAUGAAUACAGCAGGAAAAUGAUGAUGAGCCAGUUUGAAGCAUACUGAAGUAUCUUGGUGAGUCUGAAUCCAAGUACAAGCCUUUGGGGACUGUAACUCAGUUUCAUGAAGUUCUAGACCAAUGUGGUAUUAUUUUUGACUUCUUGGGAGCUUUGUUUUUGUCUUCCUUUCUUAUACUCUUAAACUUUAUGGAAGAAACUUCAUUUUAUAUCAUAUAGUUUCAGUCCAUAAUUGUAUUCAAAUAGAAAAGUUGCUGCUCUUAUAUUUGGUGAGAUACACAGAGUGAGUGGGCGGCCCUAGGUACCUAAUCUGAAAAGCUAAAUAUAGUUGGGGGAAAAAGAAUUAUAGUUGAGUUUUUGCAUAAAUCUGCAUAUGUACGUGCAGUUUGGUUGGUUAUGUGUUGUGUGAAUUAAAUAGAGCUUGGUUCCUGUGUUUAAUAUUAUGUCACACGAAAAAACCG